CAGGCUCUGGGCCCUCGGCUAGGCCCGCUCCUCCUCCCGGGAGCCAUGUCCGAGCAGACGGGCUUGGCCCUGCCGCAGACCAUGGACAGAAGCUGCUGGGUUUGUUUUGCUACUGAUGAGGAUGAUCGGACAGCAGAGUGGGUGAGACCUUGCAGGUGCAGGGGCUCUACGAAAUGGGUCCAUCAGACUUGUCUACAGCGCUGGGUGGAUGAAAAGCAAAGAGGAAACAGUACUGCUAGAGUUGCUUGUCCUCAGUGCAAUGCAGAAUAUUUAAUAGUAUUUCCAAAGCUAGGUCCAGUUGUUUACGUUUUGGAUCUUGCAGAUCGACUGAUCUCAAAGGCAUGUCCAUUUGCUGCAGCUGGAAUAAUGGUGGGCUCUAUAUACUGGACGGCUGUUACAUAUGGAGCUGUGACAGUGAUGCAGGUUGUGGGUCACAAAGAAGGUCUUGAUGUCAUGGAGAGAGCUGAUCCUUUAUUUCUUUUGAUUGGACUUCCCACUAUCCCAGUCAUGCUAAUAUUGGGCAAGAUGAUUCGUUGGGAGGACUAUGUGCUCAGACUGUGGCGCAAAUACUCUAAUAAGCUACAAAUUUUGAACAGCAUAUUUCCAGGCAUUGGAUGUCCUGUUCCUCGUAUUCCAGCAGAGGCCAACCCUUUGGCAGAUCAUGUCUCUGCUACACGUAUUCUAUGUGGAGCUCUAGUUUUCCCUACUAUUGCCACGAUAGUUGGCAAGCUGAUGUUCAGCAGUGUUAACUCAAAUUUACAAAGGACAAUCUUGGGUGGAAUUGCUUUUGUUGCUAUAAAAGGAGCUUUUAAGGUUUACUUCAAACAGCAGCAAUAUUUGCGCCAAGCUCAUCGCAAAAUUUUAAAUUAUCCUGAGCAAGAAGGAGCAUAAGGCUGUGAUCUCCAGAUGUCGUACAGUCUCACCUAACAGGUUUCCAUGUUGUAUUGGUUCCAUCAUUAUUGCACAGUAGUGGAGAAUUGUGAUAAGUUGCUGCUCCUAUUUUUUUUUUUCUUUAAUAAAGCGCUGUCUUGUGGCAGGGUAAAUCCUUUCAGCAACCACUGAACCUAAGAAUGUGACUUGGCUUUCAUUAUUUUGGGGUAUUUCUGUUGGGCAACAGGCUUCUGAAUUAUUUUCUUUGAGCCAAUAUGCUGAAUGGAAAAAAAAAAAGCGCAUCAACUAUAGAACAAGAACACUAACUUGUGUAGUUAACAUAGGCUAUAUCCAAAUGCCUUUUCUAUACGUGUUUUCAUACCCACGCUAUCAUCUAGUUCAGCAUUUCACACAAUGAAGGGAAUUUUUUUUAGAAAGGAAUGUGAGUCAUCACCAAGGAGAAGUAAUUGCAGGACAUCAGUCAAUAAAGAUUUCCUUGGUUUUUGCUGGUAUCAAACAGGGAGUGUAAAAUACUCAAAUGACUGGUCAGAGAAAGCAGAAGGUAGAUCACCCUCUACAGGAGUUGUGUGUCAGCUUUAGCCACCUAAGUAUUAGGUGUUGAAAUUAGCAUGGCUUCCAGGUGACUAUUUUAUUACUGAUAACUUUUACUGUCCUGUAUCUUCUGCAGUCCCUAGUGUUAUUUUCUCAUGGCUCUCUUACUGUUUUGUAACUGGUGCUGGAUGGCUUUUUUUUUCCUCCACAGUAAAAUAAUUACAUGGGGCAAAGUAAACUUCAGUUGCUUAUUUUGUAGUUAAGUAUUAGAGCACUUGUUUAGUUUUCAUGUUCCUUUUGAUUAUGUAAAUAUCCAUACAAGUACAAAGAGCAGGAGAGGUGUGAGGAAACAACAUUGAACACUAAAUUAAACAGCUAAUUUAAACUGACAGAUUAGGGCAUCCUUCUAAAUUUCCAGACCUGGGUGCCUAACUUGGCUCUGUACUAGGACUAGGCUCUCUUCUGCCCCUACCACCUCUAGCAGAAGGUCAGACAGUGGAAGGAUUCUAGUGGAAGGAUCGGCUGGAAGGGGGUGACACUACACUUUGGGUACCUAAUCUGAGCAUCGUACGUACCAGCAGGCUAGACACUCUUAAGACAACUUGGCUCCAUUCUGUAAAGGACUAAAGGAUAAAUCUUAAAUGUGUAAUAAACUAAGUUUAUUUAUACAGUAAGCUUUACUGUUACAGUAUGUUCGAAGUAGCCAGCUGAGGAAGACAUUAGCACUUCAGCUAUUUGAUGUAUUUAUAAACUUAAUUUCAACAGAAACUGACUGUUUUGUGAAGUUAAUUUUUGACAAAUGUAAUACGGCCAUUUAAUAUUCAUACUAGACCUAACCUAGAUCUAGUACUUGAAGGUUUUUCUUAACAACAAUUUAUUUGUUUUUCUCAAAGUUGUUUUGUUUUUUUCUUGUACAUAUUAGUAUGUCAUAGGCAUGGAGAAAGGUUUAAAAAAAUCUUUUAGUGGAAGUAUUCAUAAGUAAAUAUUUCUUUUCACCAGAAAUGAAGCAGUUGCAGAAUGGACUUCAUAUUUGACUACAAUAAUAUAUGUUAGAGAAAUUCAAAAUAUGGUACCUUUUCUAUAGUAUGUUUAUCUUCAUUACUGAGAUGUAAUAUUUUAGAACUGUACAAAAGUGUAUAUAAUAACCACCUAGUAUUCAAAAACUAUACAGGUAUUGAAAAUUAUACAUUCAAUCAAUAUCAAAUACUUUUGAGGUUCUUGGUGUAACUGAAGAAUUAGUAUAAUCUUGUAAGUCUGCUGAUUAUAUUUGUCUUAGUGGGCUCACUUUUAUAUAAAACUCUAAAUAUAGAGUAGCAACCUCUGAAAGUUGCUGCUUUCUGUAAGAUAGUCUUGAAACAAUAUAAUACGUAUUUCUUAAGAAUUCCUCAUUUUGAGAAAACAGCUUUUCAGUGGUCUUCACUGUGCAGAUUUCCAACCAAUUUAUUACUGUUUUUUAAAGUCUCAUGAAGAAUUGAAUGAUGCAAACUAGUGGGUUUGAAACUUGUUCCAUGGGAAAGCUCAUUGUCUCCUCUGGAAGUUAAAGCUAUUGUAAAAAUAAAAUUACAAGAAUACUGUAUGGAUUAUGAAAUGAUUUCACCUGAGUAGCAGAAGGUCAUUACUCUGUUGUAAAGCUUGUUUUUUAGUAUUGCAAAUUAUAGUUACAGUAAAUUAGGUUGAAUAAAUAUUUUUUACACUCCCUAGUGUAUUUUGUCAGUUGAACAAAAGCCUGUAGCAAAACUUCUGAAUGAAAAAAGUGUUUUGUUUUAAUGCAUAUCUAAGGAUUUAUGUAAUCAAUUUUAAGUUGAUAGCCUAAAGAAGUGUCUUGGGGAUAAAGGAAGAAUUACUAUAGGACUUUAAAGUUACAUUUCUUGUAUUUUUUUUUCCUCUCUAGUGAUCAAUAAAUGAUGUAGGGGAA